UGCAGUGUACAGUGCUGUGUUCCACAUUACGAUAUGAAGGCUUUUAUCACAUUCCUGUUCUUGACUGCCUCGGUUCUGGCGGAGCCUGAGCCGAGUAAAGUCGUGCAGAAGCGCAGCGGUCUCGUCGGCCAUUACGGAGGAGCUGUCCUGGGCCACGGCGUCGGCUUGGGUCACAUAGGUGGUGGCUACAGCAGCGGAGGCUACAUCGGCGGCGGAUAUGGAUAUGGCGGUCUAGGGGGACUUGGCGGUGGCUUAGCUCUGUCUUCAGGCGCAGUAGGGAUCGGCUCCGGAAUUGGCGGAGUUGGCACAAUCGUUGGCGCAGACGUCCACACCACUGUGACCAAGCAUAUCGGAGUGCCCGUACCAGCACCGUACCCUGUAGCUGUCGACAGACCUUUUCCAGUUCCAGUGAAGGUGGCUGUCCCGUACCCAGUAGACCGCCCCUACGCUGUUCCUGUCCCAAGACCGUACCCAGUGGCAGUCGAGAAACACGUCGCCGUACCAGUUGACAGACCAGUUCCGGUGCCAGUACCCCACGCCGUACCGUACCCAGUUGUCAAGCAGGUCGGCGUACCCGUACCAGCACCAUACCCAGUACCAGUAGCAAGACCAGUAGCCGUACCAGUGGCGCAACCAGUCCCAGUGGGCAUCGUCAAAUCUGUCUACAGCUCUGGAUUAUCAUCAGGUCUCCUCGGCUCAGGUUACUACGGCUCCGGAUACCUCGGCGGCGGUGGCAUCCACGGUGGACAUUUUGGUGGACACCUUGGAGGGCACUUGGGGGGACAUCUGCACUCCAAAAUCUGGUAA